CAUACACUGCAGUUAACUGGCUCUACCGGAGGGGAGCGCAUGACUGCCAUGGCUGCACAGACUCGAGCUCUCGUGGCGGCGCGAUGGCUCGCGGAUGCUGUAAAAAGCAACCGAGUGGGACCGAAACUACGCAUAUUAGACGCGUCUUGGUAUUUGCCUAAACUCAAACGCGAUGCCAAGGCCGAGUUUAAACAAAGUCACAUUCCCGGAGCCUCGUUUUUCGACAUCGAUGACUGCUGUGACAAAAGCUCGAAGUUUGAUCACAUGCUGCCCAGCGAGGGCGAGUUUGCAGACUACGUAGGUAAUUUGGGAAUAGGCAACGACACUCAUGUCGUCGUUUACGAUGCCAGCGACUUCGGCUCGUUCGCUGCACCAAGGAUAUGGUGGAUGUUUAGGGUAUUUGGUCACAAUUCGGUUUCGGUUCUGGACGGCGGGUUCAAGAACUGGUUACGGGAAGGUCAUCCCGUUACUGACCAGUACACGAAACCACAGCGCACCGAGUUUAAGACGACCUUCAACGGGUCCUGGGUAAAAACUUACGAAAAUGUGCUGGACAACAUAAAAACCAAGGAGUUUCAAGUGGUCGACGCCAGAGCCAACGGAAGGUUUCGUGGGGUUGAACCAGAACCAAGGGAAACCAUUGAACCUGGUCAUAUCCCUGGCUCUAUCAACAUGCCUUUCCCCAGCUUCAUGGACUCAAAUGGUCGGGAGCUUCCUGUGGAGGAACUCGCUAAGCUUUUCCAGCAAGCUGGAGUUGACAUGCAGAAGCCCUUCUGUGUCACCUGUGGCUCAGGUGUGACAGCCUGUCACAUCGCCCUCGCCGCUCACCUGUGCGGCCACCCGGGUGUGUACCUGUACGAUGGGUCGUGGGCUGAGUGGUUCAUCAAAGCUGCCCCUGAACAUGUGAUCUCUGAGGGAAAAGGAAAGCAGCCAUGAGAGAUGCUUCCAUAUUAAACCUUUGGAGUACUUAAUUAUUAAAACAACACUUUUAAUUAGGCUUUAAUUUUGCAUUAAAGGUCAUUAAGUUGCACUAAGCCAUCAUACUUUAAAGGGGAAUAUUUCAUAAAAUAUUUUUACUGUAAAAACAAAACUGUAAAGUAACGUUACAAACAUAUACAUUUAAAUCUUGCUAAGACAGUUUCACUUUGACAUUAACAAUUACACACAGAAUAGUCAUGCUGUUAAUAAUUUUUUGUAUGAUUGAUUUAAGAUUGCAUUUAAAAUUAAUAAUGCACACAAAUCUAGAGAAAUAAAGGACAAUUUAUACAAAACGAAGGCAUUUGAUCUGUUACAAGUAUUAACAAAAUUUGUUGUAACUUCAAAAGUAUAAUCAAAAGUUUCUGUUUUCUUUCUGAGUCUAAUAAACGCACGUAAAAUCCU